AAAUCGCAUUUCGCUUUGUCAUAUUCCGAAGUGAAACUCGGCGUAAACAAUUUGUUCCGCGAAUUAGUUGGCAAAAAUCGAAAAAUUUAAACACAUUUGAUUGCGUUAGACAGUAUUUCGACUCUUGAAAAUUCUUACCAUGGAUAUGGAUUAUUCAAAUGACUGGAGAAACGCCCAUCACAGCACAGGAACAACUAUUAUGGCCGUGGAAUUCGACGGCGGAGUUGUCAUCGGCGCCGAUUCGCGUACUAGCACGGGAACAUAUGUGGCCAAUCGUGUAACGGACAAGUUGACCAAGCUGACGGAUAAGAUCUAUUGUUGCCGUUCCGGAUCGGCUGCCGAUACGCAGGCCAUCGCGGACAUCGUGGCCUACUCGCUGAACUAUCAUGAGAAUCAAACCGGCGAGGAACCACUGGUGGCCGAUGCCGCCCACGAGUUUCGUCAAUAUUGUUACAACUAUCGUGAUUCGUUGAUGGCUGGUAUCAUCGUGGCUGGAUACGACGACAAGAACGGAGGACAGGUCUAUUCGGUCCCGGUGGGUGGAAUGCAAAUCCGGCAGAGCGUAACCAUCGGCGGAUCAGGAAGUUCGUAUAUCUAUGGUUUCGUAAAGGAACACUACCGUGAGGGGAUGGCUAAGGAUGAGUGCGUGGAGUUUGUCAAGAAGGCCGUUUUCCACGCAAUGUACCAUGAUGGAAGCUCCGGAGGAGUUUGUCGCAUCGGUAUCAUUACCAAGGAUGGUGUCGAAAGGCAGGUACAUUUUGCUCCACGUGAUUACGAAAAUGUGGCUGCGGCUAAAGCCGGCCCAUCGGUAGCACUUAAGGUGUAGAUGUAAUAGUGAUAUUUUGAAUGAAUAAAAUUGUAUUUGGCAUUCGGA